AUGAGGACGAAGAGCUCGCCUCGCCGGAUGAUCUCGCUCGCCUUCAAGGCGGGAAGUGUGGAGUGGAUCAACCGCAAGUGGACCAGGCAGCGACCGAUCGUCAGGAUCCUGAAGCUGGUGACGCUCCUCCUCCUCGCCUGUCCCCUGGCGGUGGUCGCCUUCGAUUGGUGCAUCACCGUUGCGGCCGUCCGCCUUGCGCCCUCUCUCGUUCAUACAUCCAAUGUGGGUGAGAGAUCUUGCGAAGAAGCGAUAGGGUGUGAUGAGCGGGUCGGGGUGAGAGAUUCUGUGGGGAGAGGAGUAGAGAGAGAGAUUCUGUGGGGAGAGGGGCAGGGAGAGAGAUUCUGUGGGGAGAGUGGCAGGGCGAGAGAUUCUGACUUCACAUGCGCCAACAGGCGACGACUCACCGAAUUCGGACGAUCACCCUCGACCCUUUCCACCCAGUUGUACGGCUCGGGCGUGGUGCGGCAGGCGAAGGGCCUGUUCCCCGGGAUGGCCCUGGACCGGAGCGGGGACUAUGGGAUCCUCCAGGAGGUUGCCAGGGCCGACGGGGACGCCGGGGGCCUGGAUGUCACCUGGGUCACCCAGGCCUCCAUCGACCACAUUCACAGGGUCGCCCAGAUCGCGGCUGCCUGGCAGGGGCCGAUUUCUUUCGUGGUGUUCACGUCGACACCUGCCAAUAUUGGCAUCACACUGCGGGUCAUCCAGUGUCUGCGGAACGAGCAUCCGCUCGUGUCGGAGCACGCGACCUUCCACAUCGUCUUCCCCGUUCGCCUGAUGGCCCCCGAGGCCAGACUCCCUUUGGGGAUCGAGGUCACCCGUGCCUCCUGCCGGGACAUCCUUCGGCAGCUCGCCUUGCACGAGGGCAAGGGGGGAAACUACAUCCGCCGGGACGUGGAGUUCCCCCACAAUCUCCUCCGGAACGUGGGCCGUCUCGCGGCCGGGACGGAAUUCGUGUUCGUCGCUGACACCGACUUCCUCCCGAGUCAAAAUAUGAGGCUCGAUUUCGUGACCUUUGCGAAGAAGGGGGACUUCUCGACUCGCGGUCGAGACAAGACGGUGUACGUCGUGCCGAGCUUCGAGGCCGAGCCGAAAACGGACAUGCCGCAGACGAAGUCAGACUUGAUUGAGCUUUGGAACAGAGGCAUCGUGCGGCCGUUCUACACCGGGAUAGUCAUGCACCUCCAGGGCUGGACGGACUACUUGAGGUGGAAGGCGCUGCCCGCCGCUCCCGAGAUGUCGGUAGGGUACGAGGUGGAGUACGGGUACAUGUACGAGCCGUUCUUCAUCGCGAGGAAUUCCGCGCCGCUCUUCGAUGAGCGGUUCCGGCAGCAAGGAUGGGACAGGAAUAGUCACGCUUGUGAACUGUAUAUGGGAGGUUACACGUUCGCCGUCCUGGACAACGCCUUCAUCGUCCACGACGGCUUCAAGCAGGGGAACUGGGAGACCAGCCCGGAGACGCGGGAGGACCUGAGGAUCAACGCCUUCCGGAAUCGGGGAUUCCGCACCCAGCUCCUCCGCAGGUACGCUCGCCUCGGCCGGUCCUGCAACGCGUGGGAGACGAGGCACAUGGAGCUCUGGCAGAUGUCGCCUUCUCUUCCCUCGUACCGUUCAUGCGUGAUCGCCCUAGUGAUCGUCCAACUCUUUCUCCUCUCGACAUUCCGCACAUUCUCGGGUUGUGUAUGCGAACCACCCAUAGACAGGCUGGGCAUGACCCCUCCAUUGCUCAAGGCAGACUCUGGCCAGACAUCCAAUGAAGGUCAGGACCCGAGCGAGGGGGAAAUCACGAAGAGGAUCAUCGUGCCGCUCUUCCCCGUUCAGAAUCGAUGCAACAAAUUCUUCGUGGAAGCUGGUGCUCUGGACGGGAGAACGAUAUCGAAGACCCUUCACCUGGAAGAGACUUACAAAUGGACGGGGCUUUUGGUGGAACCGAAUCCUCAUUUGUUCAAGAAGAUGACGGAGCAGAAAAGAAAUGCUUGGCUCGCUCCUUAUUGUCUCUCACCAGAACUCGCAAUCAUGCAGGAGGUGAUGGAGUAUCCGUACGACCCGAACGAUCCGAUUGCUUCCUGGGGAGGGGGGAUCAGCAAGUAUGGGAAAGUAAAGGGUCCGGUAAAGAACGGGACUACCAUCUAUUCGGCGCUUGUCACGUGCUACCCUCUUCACAUGCUUCUGGAUGCUUUGGGCAUCAAGACCGUCCACUUCUUCAGCUUGGACGUGGAGGGCCUGGAACUGGAAGUUCUCAAGACCCUGCCCUUCUAUCGCAUCGACUUUCAAGUGAUCCAGGUGGAGUUUCUAUUCAACGACAUGGGGAAAGAACCUCUCAGGAACUUCCUCCUUUCUCUCGGAUAUACUUUGCUGAAAGAAGAAGGCGGCGAAUUCAUUUUCGUCAAUGUGACGGCACCGGGUGUUGACGUUGGAGGAAGUGGAUCAUGA